AUGCUGCAAUGCAGAAGCAUAAUUUACUCGAGAAAUGAAUUUGAUCCGAACAUCACUUACGCAUACAUCGCACCAAUUAUUAUCGUAUGCGGUAUUCUUGGGGAUGUGCUAACCAUUGUCACUCUAACUCAUCCGCUGCUCCGAAAAAGCACGAUCAUUUAUACAUAUUUAACUUUGCUGGCCAUGACGGACCUGCUAACACACUUAUCCGUGAUUCCGAUGAUCAUGUGGCUGCUCGACAUCAGGGCUUGCUCGGCAGCAGCUUCGUUCUUUUAUGCCCACGUUGGAUUUCCCCUGGCAAAUGCACUUAUGGGCUCUUCUGUCUGGAUCGUGGUCUUCCUCACUUUAUCUCAGUACAUGGCAAUAUGUCGACCAUUCGCCUACGGGCUCCGAUCUAAAAAAGUAUGCUUUAUACUGUUUUCUCUAGCCUAUCUGUUCAAUUUUUGUAUCUACGCUCCAUGGGCUGUUAAAAAGGAGGUACACAACUUGAAGCUAAUCGUAGGAGAGGAUGCUUUUCCUGACAACAUUUGUCCGUUUAUUGUUUGUGAUACGAUACCAGCUGAUUGGUUUAUGAUUUACGAGACUCUACGAGAAUUAAUCAGUCGUGUAUUUCCCUUUUUCUUGGUUGCAUACAUGAAUGCGAAAAUUCUCAUCACGUACAGGUUUGUACUAACUUAA